CUCUUGACAGGGACUACAAUGACUAAUUCAAUAAUUAUUUGAGUUCUGCUCCUGGUUGGCAGAGUGAGAGAAAAUAUAUUGUUUCUUUUCUUGCUCCCUGUUGAUUCGCAAUCUCUUCUUGGAUCAACUUGGGAUUAUUUUAUUGACAAUUUUUUUUUCCAGUGUCCACGAUUCCAUCUCAGUCGAGAGAGAGGAGGAGAGAGGAACAGCCUUGAAUUGAAUAAUGAUUUGAGGAUAGGGACAAAAUUAUCAAACGUGGGUUAGAGCAGAAUCGAUGGGUCAGACACAACUAUAAGAGGGAAAGAGAGGAGAAGUCUGUUUUCAGUUUUCAGCCAUUGCAGAAGAAAAGGAUAGCUGAUAAUUAAGCCAGUUUUUAUAAUCGCUAGAGAAAAGCAGUUGCACCUUCUUUGAUCUUUCCAGGAAAGUCUUUUAUUCACACCUGGCUACAACAAUGGAUUCUUCAUCAGCAAAAUGGUUAUCUGAAUUGGGAAUGGAUGAAUACAACAUCAUCCACCAAUGCCAUAUGAACUCUUUAGCUGAACUCACCACCGCAGAAGAUAUAGCCACUGCCCUGACGGGAGGGAACUUCAAGAAAUCAUUUUCCUCUGAGAGCUAUUCCUCUUACCCUAAUUUCAACACCAAAAACGCCACCACUUUUAGUGGUUCAUCUAUUGAAACUUGUGAAAGACCUACAAAACAGAUCAAAACUAGCACUAGUUGGAACUCUAGCACAACCACCGAGCAUGUUCCGCCAAAACCAUCCUCUCCCACCUCUCAAAUUCUAUCUUUCGAGAAAUCAACUUCACUGCCUGCCAAUUCUCAGCAGUUUUAUAAUAUUGACCACCGCUCUAUGAAGCCUAAAGACGAAAUGGUAUCUUCAGGAAAUAUGAACUUUUCGCCUGUGAUCACAAAUGGUCCUUACGAGAACACAAAUUAUGCACCAAAAACAAAUCCAGGGAUCAACAGGACUUACUCAAUGACUAGAAGCCCUUCACACGCUCAAGAUCACAUUAUGGCUGAGAGAAAGAGAAGAGAAAAGCUUAGCCAGCGCUUCAUAGCUCUCUCAGCAAUUGUUCCUGGCCUGAAGAAGAUGGACAAAGCUUCAGUUCUUGGAGAUGCUAUCAAGUAUGUGAAACAACUUCAAGAGCGUUUAAAAGUGCUCGAGGAGCAAACCAAGAAGAGAACUGUGGAAUCCGUCGUUUUUGUCAGGAAAUCUCAGCUAUCAGCUGAUGAUGAAACCUCUUCAUGUGAAGAGAACUCCGAUAGUCAGUCCUCCGAUGCAGCACUACCAGAAAUUGAAGCUAGAGUCUCGGAUAACGAUGUUCUCAUCCGAAUCCAUUGCGAGAAACAGAAAGGUUUCGUGGUGAAAAUACUAAGCGAAAUAGAGAACCUCCCUCUAACUGUUGUUAAUAGCAGCGUCUUGCCUUUUGGGAAUUCCACUCUUGACAUGACCAUAAUUGCUCAGAAAGAUGCUGAAUUCAACAUGACAGUGAAGGAUCUUGUUAAGGACUUAAGAGUGUCUUUUCUGAAGUUCAUGUGAAAUCCUAGAAAACCAGCUAGCUUCAUCAGUUUCUGCAUCAUUGAUUCUUUCCACUAAUAUCUUUAAGUUUAAGUUGUCCUCCAUUUUUCUUUUGUUUCAAAUCUUCUAAGUGAAACCAAGGCUCAUAUAUCUCUUGUUCCUAAAGCUUAUUUUUGCCGUGAGGUUCAAACUACUGCAGGGUUUUUCUCUGUACUUGUUUUUGCGUGGUUUCAACCGUUGACCACGUUCGCUUACCCUGAUGCUGCAAACUGAUCACGGCCAGAAUUCAUUCAAUUAUGGCUUCAGAGAGAGCUUAGAGAUUUCAUUAACAUCACAAUAUAAUGAAAUCUAUCUCUUCUCUCUGAAUUUGGUUGAAUAUGGUGUUUAAUCAUUGGUCUAUAUGUUGUUCUACGAUGGAUAGAUGAGCAAAUGGGUUUCUCUUAGAAUUGAAUCUAGCUUUUUCUCAGGGGUCUAACCUCUGUGUGAAAUUUGAAAUCAUCCCUUCUGUACAAUGUGUGAUUUGGCGAUUCUCCCGGAAAUGUCUUCUCUUUCUUUUUCGACUGUAACAUUUGAUUAUAUAUUGCAAAAAGUACAUA